AUGGACCCCCUGAGGCGAUCCCCUUCCCCCUGCUCAUCAAGGCCCUCCAGCCCCAGGACCCCGCCCUGCGAGAUGCUUGGCCACGUGGGCAUCGAGGCCGUGCUGGACCAACUGAAGAUCAAGGCCAUGAAGAUGGGUUUUGAGUUCAAUAUCAUGGUGGUGGGGCAGAGUGGGCUGGGCAAGUCCACGAUGGUGAACACACUGUUCAGGUCCAAGGUGUGGAAGUCCACCCCACCGGGCCUGGGGCAGGGGCCCAUGCCCCAGACGCUGCAGCUGCACUCGGUGACCCAUGUGACUGACACCCCUGGCUUCGGGGACCAGAUCAACAACGACAAGUGCUGGGACCCCAUCCUGGGCUACAUCAAUGGACAGUACGAACAGUACCUGCAGGAGGAGAUCCUCAUCACCCGCCAGCGCCACAUCCCGGACUCCCGGGUGCACUGCUGUGUGUACUUUGUGCCACCCACCGGACACUGCCUGCGGCCCCUGGACAUUGAGUUCCUGCAGCGGCUCUGCCGGACGGUGAACGUGGUGCCCGUGAUCGCCCGGGCGGACAGCCUGACCAUGGACGAGCGGGAGAGCUUCAGGCGCAGGAUCCAGCACAACCUGAAGACUCACUGCAUCGAUGUGUACCCACAGACGUGCUUCGAUGAGGACAUCAAUGACAGGAUCCUCAACAGCAAGAUCCGGGAGCGGAUCCCCUUUGCUGUGGUCGGGGCUGACCAAGAGCACCUGGUGAACGGGAGGUGUGUGUUGGGCAGGAAGACGAAGUGGGGCAUCAUUGAAGUGGAGAACAUGGCACACUGCGAGUUCCCCCUCCUGAGAGACCUGCUCAUCCGCUCCCACCUCCAAGACCUGAAGGACAUCACCCACAAUGUCCACUAUGAGAACUACCGCGUCUGCAGGCUCAACGAAAGCCACAUGCUGCCCCGCGGGCCUGGCUGGGUGAACCUGGCCCCGACCACCGCCGGCCCCCCGGCAACCCCUGGGCCCUGGAAGGCUCGCCGACGGGCCCGCGACAAUUCCUCAGACGAGUGCUGA